AUGGCCGAACCAACGAAGACACCAACAAACAGCCCUCCCCCCAAGCAGGGCUCAACUACCCACAGUAGCUCGGCAUCUGGUAGCUCAGGUACAAGCAGCUCCUCCGGUAUACAGAGAGACACGGCGGAAAUUGGGAGCUGGGUAACUAUCCCUGGCCUCGACGAGCCAAAAGAGCUCCACUCGCUAACAUUUGCAAAGAUGAAUGAUAAGCGAUGA